CUACCGGUAGCAAGCCAGUGCGGAGCAUUUAGUCCUGAGUCAAUGUAGUCACGAGAAGAUACUUGGAACCCUAAUGAUCACGGCUCAUUUUGCGGUUGGCGCGAGAAAAAGUUCGUUAGGUUCCUCCUAAAUCUUCUGUUUGAAUUUGUGGAUCGUUUGAACCGACGAGCUCGGGGCUUCCAACUUUUCACAAAUCGUCACAAAUCAUCUCCUGGGUCAACUCUUUGCCAUUGUUGUGCUUAGCCUUGCUUCUUUGCUUUAUUUUCUCUACCUCUUCACCAUGACACGCGCUAGUCUCAAAACUCUCGACGCCAACGCCAAGCGUGAUCCUCCUCCGACCACUCCAGGUACCAAGAUGCGCAAGUUGGAGACUGAGAACGAGGAACUCCGUGACAACAUCCACGACCUUGUCAAGGUUCUCGGAAAAAUCGACUUUGUCAAGACGAGCGAUAGUGCUUCUGUUGCCCCAUCUGAGAAGAAGGAGAAGAAGAAGAAGUGCACUGUUGUCCCUGCCAAGACUGCCUACAAGUUCUACUGUGACACGCUUCCCGCCAAACAGAAGGAGUCUGCUAACUUGCAGCAACUUUGGAAGGAGACUGCGCCUGAAAUCCGUGAACCGUACGUCAAGCUAGCCCAAGCUGACAAGGCCCGCUAUCAGAGUGAGAUGGAAGCCUACAACAAGGAAACAAUGGCCCUUGAAAUGUACUACGACAAGAAGAAGCAGGAACAAGCCAUGGCAUUCUACGAAGCCCACUUGGAAGCCCAGGCUCUUCUCGAAAAGACUCAAGACGAUGGCACCGUCAAGGGAAAGGGCAAAGGAAAAGCCAAGAAGGAAAAGGAUCCCGAUGCUCCCAAACGUGCCAUGUCCUCUUACAUGUACUUUGCCCAAGAUAUGCGUACCAAGGUAGCGGAGGAAAACCCCGAUGCUAAGGUGACGGAGAUCUCCAAGAUCUUGGGUGAGAUGUGGGGGAAACUCGACAAGACCAAGUCCGGCAAGAACGGCGCCAAGAAAUACGAAGACAUGGCUGCUGAAGACCGUGAUCGCUACAACAAGGAAAAGGAAGUCUACGAUGUCAAGGUUGCCGAUCGCAAGCAAGCAGAACAAGAGGCCUGCGCUGCUCGUCUCGUCCAGGACAAGAAGGAAGCCCUCGAGCUCUUGGAGUCUCAGUCCGUCCAGGUUCCGCACAUUGGUGGCGACCUUACCGGAAUGGACACUGUGUCUGUGAUUUCGGACCUUUCCGCAAGCAAGGCCCCAGCCACCAAAAAGAAGAAGGACCCCAAUGCCCCCAAGCGUGCCUUGACCGCCUACAACUACUUCGUUUCGGAGAACCGUGAAUCCAUCAAGGCCAAGAUGCCUGCGAGUUCGACCAAUGCUGAGGUAUUUGCCGAAGUUGGCAAACAGUGGAAGGUUCUUACCGACAGGAAGAAGCAAAAGUACAACAAGAUGGCCGCCAAGGACCAGGAGCGCUAUGCCAAGGAAAUGAAGACCUACACUCCUAGCAACUAGAUCAGACUCGACUCGGUUAGUUCGUGGAAAUCAGGGAUGUGCGUGUGUACUGGUAUUGUAGUGGGUUAUUUCAAAAAGCGCCGAUUUCAGAUCAGGCUGCUCUACUAAAGUAAAGAAAACGUUUACGAAAGG